AUGUCAUCCUAUGCCUGGAGAGACUUGCCUAGAAAGGUUCAUAUUCUCGAUGCUGCUACAGGUAGCAACGUCACUUAUAUACUCACCUAUACCCAAGCAAACGUGCGCUCCAACUUCUACCAAAUCGGCGAGCAGUUGAAGCGGUUUGAUAUUAGAGGCGACUGCCGUGGCUGGCGUCGUGGAUUGGAAACCGUCCGACGACGAGAAAAUGGAGCAUUGCUGCUUUGA